GCCAACUAGUAGCAGGAAAUAUAGUAUAAGCAGGAAAUAUUAAAAGUGACAUUGGAGUGGACAGCAGGACUCCAAGAUGGUGUCAGUCAUCCCAGUGAAGGACAAGAAACUUCUGGAGGUCAAACUAGGGGAGCUGCCAAGCUGGAUCUUGAUGUGGGACUUCAGCCCUAGUGGCAUUGCCAGAACAUUUCAAAGAGGUUACUACUGGUACUAUAACAAGUACAUCAACAUGAGGAAGGGGAGCAUCUCGAGGAUUACCAUGGUGCUGGGAUGCUACAUGCUCUUCAGCUACUGCCUUUCCUACAAGGAGCUCAAGCAUGAGUGGCUACAUAAGUACCACUGA